UGUUGAAAUAAGUUGAAUGUUCCGGCAGUGAACGCAACGCAUGUUCGUGAGACGCUUCGUUUUCAUUGUUAAAUCCGAUACCAUUUACUAAUUCAGUAAUUCUGUAUUUAUACAGAAUACAUAGAUACAAUUUCUGUGUUACUUUAGUGGAAAUUGAAAUUAUUUCCAAUUGAGCAAUUAAAAUGACAGACGUAGCGAAAAAGGUCCAGGAUUAUAAAGACUCCCUUAAGCAAAAAGCGGAGCACCUUAUUAUUAAAGGCUUUCCAGAAAAAAUUGUAAAGCUAAAUGAACUUCUAGAAACACCACAUUUUCAAAACAGAGAAUUAGUUGAUGUUCACCAGGACCUAAACAUUCCAAAACCACCUCCAGCCCAAUCAUCUAAUGAACCAAACGCAAAACGUCCUAGAGUAGAUUCAUCUGAAGUCUCUAGCAAUUCUUCUAUAGAUGGUACCAGGGUAUAUGCAUUGCCAAAUGGAACUGUACCAUGUAAUAAACCACUUUGUGAUCUCAUACAUAUUGUGAAACCAUACAUCAGAGAACUUAUUGAGGAUUCCAAUUUGCUGAAAAUGUGGAUUUCAUUUAUGAUUCCAAAAAUUGAAGACGGAAACAACUUUGGUGUAUCCAUACAAGAGGACACAUUAGCUGAGGUUCAAUCUGUAGAGUCAGAAGCAGCUGCAUUCUUUGAUCAAAUCUCGCGAUAUUUUAUAUCGAGAGCAAAGAUUGUAUCAAAAGUGGCUAAAUAUCCACAUAUUGAUGAUUACAGGAGAGCUGUACAAGAGUUGGACGAGAAGGAAUACAUCUCAUUGUGGCUAGUGAUGUGUGAGAUCCGCAACCGCUACUGCUCGCUGCACGAUAUCGUCAUCAAGAAUCUGGAGAAAAUAAAAAAGCCGCGCUCUUCUAACGCAGAAUCGUUAUAUUAGGCUGUAACAUUAAUCUCAUUUGUAAUUUUUAGUCACACAAGAGCGGCUUGUGAGUAAGUUAAGUGGAAAUGCGCAGUUGUCAUUCACUAGAUAAUUCUAAAAUUAAAAUAUUUCAAAACGGAAUAUUUACUGCAAAUGUUUAACUAUUCCGAUGUUUGGACGCAUUAGACCCGUUAUAAACUACUAACAAUAUUUAAAACCGUAAUAGUUGUAAGUCGUAAUACAUGUUAUUUGUAGAAUCCGAUUUUUGCUCCCGUCACUGACGUCAUCACAGUGAUGUGUUCAGCUCACUUUGAUUACUUCAAUAGAAUCAAACCUAUUGGUUCUUCUGGGCUUAAAAAUUUAUGUAGCUAUGUUGCUUAUGCCCUAACCAACGUUUACAAUAUAUUAAUAUUUUCUAUUUUUAAAUUUAAUUAUUAUUAUUUUCCAUUAAUUGUCGUUAAUUGAGUACUUAGUGAAAUCAAUUUACUUUUUUCUCAGCCGCAACAUUACAAAUAAUAUUAUUAUAUUUUAUUGCCGUGCAUAAUAUUAUUGUGCAAAUAAAUAAUUAUUAAUUGUAGAUAUAUAAUCCAAAAAAUUAAAAACAGACAAAAAUUGUAUAAGUUAAAACUACAGUAAAAAAAUCCGAAUCUUGCAAUAUAGAAGAAUCUGAACAGACAUCACAAAAUACUAUAAUGAAUAAUUUAUUAUAAAAAUUAAACUUAUUAAAUUCUUAACUUUAGUACUAAAUUAAACUAAGAUUUGUAAACUGCACUCCUUCAUUAAGAAAGUAUAAUAUUGGCAUCUUUUGUGAAAUUAUUUAAACUAUUAAAAUAUAAUUAAUUUUAAUAUUAGUUAGCAUUUUAAAGACAUUGUUACCCGUUUCUAAAAUCAAAGGUUAAACAGUAUUUUUUUUAAACUGGUACUGUUCCAAUAUGUUCCUGUUAUAGUUUUGAGAUUAAUAUCAUCCUAAAACCAUUUUUGUUGAAAGCCUUUUAGCAUCGUGUGAUAAGUUAUAAUGUUUAUGAAAACUAGCUUAUAUAUUUAUGAUACAAUUGAAUUCAGAAUUCAUAAAUUAUAGUAAUAAGUACUUAGAAGUAAAAUUAUAUUUACAUUGGAACAGUUAUGAAAAACUUAAGCCAAAGUGCGUUUUCGGUUAUGUUAUGUUGCACACGAUUCCUGUAGAUUUGGUGAUAUUUCUACUCACAAACUGUAAUAAAUGAAUUUGUAAUGA